GGUUUCUUAUUUUCCACCAUCACUCCCUGCCGAAGCUUCGCGAUUUACAAUGGCGUCUCCAGCCGUUGCCGCUGCCCCAACAACAGCCAGGUCCUCGUCGAAGACGGACACCUUCAUGGACAACAAGCGGAAGGAUGAUAUCCGCAUGGUCAACAUCGCGGCGGCGCGAGCGGUGGCCGAUGCCGUCAGGACGAGUCUCGGCCCCAAAGGAAUGGACAAAAUGAUCUCCACGGCGAACGGUGAAGUCAUUAUCACCAAUGACGGAGCCACCAUUCUCAACAAGAUGGAUGUCCUCCAACCUGCCGCGAAGUUCCUGGUCGAGCUCUCGAAAUCUCAGGACGUUGUCGCUGGAGACGGUACUACCACAGUCGUCGUCAUUGCUGGCGCUCUCCUAAAGCAAUGCCUUUCUCUUCUUUCAGCAGGUAUUCACCCUACUAUUGUUUCCGAGUCGCUCCAUAAGGCUUCUACCAAGGCUGUAGAGGUCCUUACGGCUAUGGCGAUCCCUGUUGAGCUCUCUGACCGUGAUUCUCUCGUCAAAUCCGCCAGCACCGCUCUAAACAGUAAGGUAGUCUCUCAGUAUUCAACUCUUUUAGCUCCAUUAGCCGUUGAUGCUGUGCUUUCUGUGGUGGAUCCUACAAAACCAGAUCUUGUUGAUUUGAGGGAUAUUAAAAUUGUCAAGAAAUUGGGUGGAACUGUUGAUGAUACUGAGAUGGUAAGAGGUUUGGUUUUUGAUAAGAAAGUUAGCCACGCCUCAGGUGGGUUGACUCGAAUUGAGAAAGCCAAAAUUGCUGUGAUUCAGUUUCAAAUCUCCCCUCCUAAGACCGAUAUUGAGCAGAGCAUAGUGAUCUCAGACUACACUCAGAUGGACAGAAUUUUAAAAGAAGAGAGGAACUACAUCUUGGGGAUGAUUAAGAAAAUCAAAGCCACUGGCUGUAAUGUUUUGUUGAUCCAGAAGAGCAUUUUGAGGGAUGCUGUUACAGAGCUGUCCCUCCAUUAUCUUUCCAAGGCAAAAAUCAUGGUGAUUAAAGAUGUAGAAAGAGAUGAAAUCGAGUUCAUCACAAAAACAUUGAACUGCUUGCCCAUUGCAAAUAUUGAGCAUUUCAGGGCAGAGAAACUUGGCCAUGCAGAAUUAGUAGAGGAGAUAUCACUUGGUGAUGGCGGGAAAAUCGUGAAAAUUAGUGGAAUUCAGGAUAUGGGAAGGACUGCAUCUGUACUGGUUAGAGGAUCCAACCAGUUGGUUAUCGAUGAGGCAGAGAGGAGUUUGCAUGAUGCAUUGUGUGUUGUGAGAUGUUUGGUGAACAAGAGGUUCUUGAUUGCAGGUGGUGGGGCACCUGAGAUUGAGCUUUCACGGCAGCUGGGUGCUUGGGCUAAGGUAUUACAGGGGAUGGAGGGUUACUGUGUGGAAUCAUUUGCCGAGGCUCUUGAGGUGAUUCCAUAUACAUUAGCUGAGAAUGCUGGACUGAAUCCAAUCACUAUUGUGACGGAGUUGAGGAACAGACAUGCACAGGGUGAGAUCAAUACUGGGAUCAAUGUGAGGAAGGGACAGAUAACUAAUAUUUUGGAGGAGAAUGUUGUGCAGCCACUCCUGGUGAGCACAAGUGCAAUUUCUUUGGCAACUGAAUGUGUCCGGAUGAUUCUGAAAAUUGAUGACAUUGUCACUGUGAGGUAGAUAAGUCUUUGAUUAGACAUCUUAUGUAAUCUUCUAUUACUCUCGCUUAUUCAUCUUAUUUUGGAGUACUUGAUGUUUUUAUGAACUUUAAAAGGGAACGAUUGUUGUUUUGUUUUUAAGUCUACGUAGCUGCUUCCUAGAGUUUUUAUCUUGGUCAUUUGUUUGUUCUGUUGCAUGGUUUUAGUAUGGAUUUGAAUGUGAUAUCUCUACGAGGUUUGGAACUAGUUUUUCUUGUUGACUCUUAAAAGUUGCACAUGCCACUGUUCCCUAGCUUUCUCCCUUCAUAUUAAUUGAAGUUUAUUCUACUUAUUGUGUUUA